AAAUGUCAAUACUUGUGAAGUAAAAGAAUUUGAAAAAAUAUGUAAUAUCUACAAGCGAGUUUAUGAAAUCCCGCUUAUAAGCAUCGGCCGUGGGUUGUAAUUGUACAUAAAUCAUAAAUUGGCCCACCAUGAAGAAGUCGAGUAAACACCGAUCGGGCGUGAGUGGUAACAUCUCCUCGGUUUGUUUGCCUGAAGGAAAAAGUGACGUUGGCGAAAUACAGGAACAUCUAACAGCUUCUUAUAUGAAGGAACAGGAUAUACCCGAGUAUUUAGAGGGCUGCGGGUUAAACACGUGCUCUGCAGGUGACACUCCGGAGGCUGUUGAAAUGUUGUCUCGUGAUACAAAGGAGCAUUUAAAGGAAAAAAAGUUAUCAACAGCCUCCAUAGCUGGCACCGAUACAAAAAAAACUGUCACCGUUAAACAUCCCGAGUCAAAUAAACCAAAGCCCACAGCCAAGAAAAGUAAACCGAUACAAGCAGAUUUAGAUGUUUCCAAGGAGUUUAUAAGGUGCAGAGACGAGUGUGUCACUCGUUUGGAUCUGAGCAAAUCCAGUAUCACAAAUCUUCCAAACACUGUGCGUGAUUUAACGCACCUUGUUGAAUUUUAUUUAUAUGGUAACAAGCUGGCAACGCUACCGCCAGAAAUCGGAUGCCUUACUAACAUCAAGACGUUGGCGCUUAGUGAGAAUUCAUUAACGAGCUUACCAGAUACUUUGGAAAAUCUCAAGUGUCUCAAAGUACUCGAUUUGAGGCAUAACAAGCUUAAUGAGAUACCAGACGUUGUUUAUGAACUGACAUCUCUGACAACAUUAUUCUUGCGCUUCAAUCGAGUCAGGUAUGUUAGCGACGCCAUAAGAAAUCUGACCAACUUGACUAUGCUGAGUUUACGAGAGAACAAAAUUCGUGAACUUCCUGCUGGUAUUGGGAAAUUGGUUAAUCUGAUUACAUUCGAUGUGUCACAUAAUCACCUCGAACAUUUACCUGAAGAAAUUGGUAACUGCGUUCAAUUAUCAACGCUUGAUCUACAGCAUAAUGAACUGCUCGAUAUCCCUGAGACUAUUGGUAAUUUGACAGCAGUGACGAGAUUAGGAUUGAGGUACAACAGAUUAUCUAGCAUUCCCAAGUCCUUAGCCAACUGUAAACUAAUGGACGAAUUCAGCGUCGAAGGAAAUCAAGUAUCACAACUACCGGAAGGCCUUCUCUCCAGCUUGUCAGAUCUUACCACAAUCACACUUUCGAGAAAUGCUUUCACUGCUUACCCAUCCGGAGGACCUUCCCAGUUUACGAAUGUGAAUUCCAUCAAUUUGGAACACAAUCAGAUUGACAAAAUACCGUAUGGAAUAUUUUCAAGAGCAAAAAAUCUUACUAAACUGAAUAUGAAGGAGAAUCAGCUAACAGCUUUACCAUUGGAUAUAGGAACUUGGACCAAUAUGGUAGAAUUGAAUCUGGGGACAAAUCAGCUGACAAAAAUUCCAGAUGAUAUUCAAUGCCUGCAGAGUUUAGAGAUAUUAAUUCUCUCUAACAACCUGCUAAAGAGAAUUCCAGCAAGUAUAGCCAACCUGCGUAAACUUAGAGUACUGGACCUCGAGGAAAAUAAAAUAGAAUCUCUGCCAAAUGAAAUUGGAUUCCUCCGUGAUCUUCAGAAACUGAUAUUACAGUCAAAUCAAGUCACCUGCCUGCCUAGGGCCAUUGGACACUUGAUUAAUCUGACUUACCUCAGCGUGGGUGAAAACAACUUGAACUAUCUUCCAGAAGAAAUAGGAACCCUGGAAAACUUGGAUUCCUUAUACGUUAAUGACAAUGCUAAUUUACACAACUUACCUUUUGAGUUGGCACUCUGCACAAACCUCAGUAUUAUGUCGAUUGAAAAUUGCCCGCUGUCGCAAAUUCCAGCUGAAAUUGUUGCUGGUGGUCCAUCGCUGGUUAUACAAUUCCUAAAAAUGCAAGGACCUUAUCGAUCAAUGUAACAAAAUUUAGGUAGGUAUCGAUAGUUACGAUCCUUUGUUCGAACCUUGUUUGGUUUACUUUGCCAUAAAAAAAAUCAUGAACACUAAUGUCGAUAAAAUUUAUUCUUCAUGAUGCAGAAAUGUAUAGAGGGUCUCCCACAUAACGUAUCAUUUGAGAUACGUUAUGCUACUGUAAGUGCGUUUCUUUGAUAUUUUUUUGUUUUUUUCUUCUCUUUAUUGGUGACCAACGGUAAACUGAAAGUACAAAGAAGGGUGUAUUCAAUGUUUUAUUACAGUUACAUCUUUGAAAGACAACGCACAAGAAAAAGAAUAAGGGCUGAUUAGGAGCAAAUAUGUAAGCAUGUAAUAGUUUCAGUUCAUGCGAGGCCACUGAAUUAAUUAGAAAUUAUCUCAAUUCUGGCCUCGCAAUUCGUCCUGCCUUGUCCUAUAAUGCCAGACUAAAUAAUUGAAAAAAUAGAACUGUAUGCAUUGACAAAUGGAUAAUUUACUAAACGGUUUGCUUACAGGAUUAUAACUCGAAGUUUACACAUACACCUCCCAAUAAUGGCACAUUUUUAUACAAAUAUUGACGUAUUAUUUAAACAUUUCCUCUUUAUAAAGUGCUUUGAAACUCACGUUAUGUGCGAAACCCUUUUAUUUUAAAUAUUUCCGCAGUAUCGUCGAGAACGAACUAUGCUAAAAAAUAUUUUGGUUCUAUGAAGAUGCAGGAGUAAUUGUUCUGCACUGUCCUUGUAACAUCAAUUGAGAUUUGAUAUGCAAAUAAAAAUCCGGUACUUUCAAGAAGCGAAUUAAAAAAUCUCUGGAGGGGGCUUCCGAAAAUUAAUGAAUUGAUAUAUUGAGCACCGUAUUAAAGCAUAAAAAAAUGAAAAUGGAAAUUAUUAUCUGCAGCCUUGCGAAUGGAACUUAUAGUCUCUACAUAUCGUCUCUAAAUCUAUAUAUUCAUACACACAUACACGUGUAUAUAUAUAUAUAUUUAUGUAUAUAUACACUAUAUAUGUACAUAUAUAUAUUUUUCCUGGGUGACAAGCAAAUAAUCUUUCUAACAAAGCUGAAUUUUCGGUCAAUAAUCAUUCGCGAAAGAACAGAUGAUUAUAUACAAACACAUUAUAUUUUUGGUAGAAGAUAUCUAAAAAAUAAAUAAAUAAAUAAUCAUUUGAAUAAAAUGAAAAGAAUAUAGUUUUGGCUAUUAAGUAAUGUCAAUGCAUGCAGCUGGCGUACGCAGAAAACAUAUACCAUAUAUAUCUAUAUAUUAAAAAUAUAUAUCACGCGACAUAACAAAAAUCGGUAUUUUUCACGCCGCUAAUAAACGAAAAAACCUGUAAUUGGGUACCUGAGAUGAGAAUAGGUAUGCAUAUACUAAAUCGGUAUUUUUCACACCUCUAAUAAACGAAAAAACCUGUAAUUGGGUACCUGAGAUGAGAAUAGGUAUGCAUCUACUCAUACAGAGUGACCUGAGAAAAUCGAGAAAUGUUGAACGUAUGAACAAAAUCUGAAUACUCGAUCACUCUGUGUGGAUAUAUGUAAUUAUAUACGAUACGCGUAUACACAAACUCCAAAUCCAUUUAAACAGCAGAAAUGGCUCUGCUGUUAAUUUUUUUUGUUACUAAAAUUGUGUAAAAAUUAGCUAAUUGAAGAAUAGAUAAUUUUCUGUUACACCUCACCAUAGUCAAUUGAAUUUUUAAUGUUAAAAAUUUAAACUAUCAUUCGUUUUUUAUAAAUCUUUUUUUAACUUUAUUUCACGUUGGCGGAUCAGCGAUUAUUUGUUGAUGAUUUUAAUAUCAGAAUGUUGAAAAUUGUGACGAUAUAGAUAUAUUCCAUUACAAAUCAUUCUUUCAAGAAUGAUUGUUUAAAAUCUGUUCAAUGUAUUGCGUCUAUAUAUUACAUAUGAUAAAUGAUUAUAUCCCAAUAUGUAACCUAGUUGGUACACGUAAGUACAUGUAUCGUUCGUAUCUUAUAUGUGAAUAAUUAUAAACCUAUGCACCGAUAAUAUAAUUUUUCAUCGUUUCGCGUUUGCCAAUCUCUAGUUUUUAGAUUAACCAAUAUUUUGAGUAUUGAUAUUCUUUCCCUUCUCUCUUUGCUUUCACUGGUAUAUACCUUAAUUUCGAUUUGUCCUGUCUGCGUAAGAAAAAAAGGAGUUGAAAAAUUUGUUCCAAUAACUGACUAUGCAUGUAUGAUAUACAAAGAAUAUGUAAUAGUUAUACGACGAUGAUAAUAAUACUAAUAAUUAUAAUAAUCAUAAUAAUAUCCUAAUCGACAAAAAAGGAAAUAAAGAAAUGUAUAGAGAAAAAAGGAAGAGAAAAAAAAAAAUGGAAUCCAUCAAAUGAUUAACAAAUGUGCCAUUUCAAUCGACGAAUAAUUAAUUCAAUGACUUGUAUAUAUCACCAAUUAUUCUAAUUGAAAAAUCUGGUGUUAUUAUAUUUAUUUAAAUUCUAUUGUCGUUUUAGGCAGAUGAAAAAAACAACAACAAAUAAAACAAUACAAAAAUGUUAUAGAUGUUAUCAAAUUUGCUAUUAAAUAUGUAUAUUUCAAAAGAAAAAAAAAACCAAACAAAUGGAAAAAUUAAUCCCUCGUAUAUCGUCGAAAAGUAUAUAUGAUAUGACCAUUGCUCGUAUUAUUAUUUUAUAUAUAAUACAUAUAAUAUAAAAUAAUUUGAGAGCGUGGUCCACGGAUACGUUAUAGGUAGGUAUUACAUCAUAUGAUGUAUGUGAGUAUACCUAUAGUAUAUUAUAUUAUACGUAUACCAAUAUUAUGUAUGAAAUUUUAUCGAAUCGAUGAGUAUUUUUUAAGUGCUCUUUAUUUCUUUACUAGGUAUAUAUAAUAUAUAAUCAUAUAUAUUAUAUAUGAUGGAUGAAUCAAGGAAAUAAAUUGACGAAAAAAAUAGAUAGAUAACACGGUUACAUAUGUACAUGCAUAUACAUCUCAUGUAUGUAUGUAUGUAUAUAUUUAAUGAUAUUAACAAUAAUAAGUAAUGAUAUCUGCCCAAACUUGCGUUUCCUAUGUACGUACAUAUAUGUAUAUUCAUAUGUAGGGCUGUUACAUCGCUCACAUAACGAAGAUCGAUAGUUUUUGGUUGUACCUUCUGUAUUCUCUGUUCUUAUUUUGCAAAGUUUUGAUAUCGGUAUAACGAUCAUUACUCACUGUUCAGAUAUUCAAUCAUACUUCGAUAUUUUCAUCUCCUUCUUGAUUGCGGUUACCCUUAUCUUCGAGUCUGCUAGGGUUUUCAUAGGAGCUUGUAUUCAUUCUGAGACACAUACUUGAACCUAUGCAUGCACGAACGCCCCUACUGUCUCCGCUACUUAUUUGGCUCUUGUGAUCAAAACGUAAAUUUCUUUCUUUCUCUUAUUUUUUGAGAAUCGUUUUGCGACAAGAGAAUUGAAAGCAACAGUGAGUUUUGGUAUUGAUGAAUUCGGCUGUCGUCCCAAUCUGUGCCCUAAAACUAAAGUUUUCUUCUUACGGAGUGACAAGUAUAACGAAACAUGUUACAAUGAGUGAAAGAACAGAAAAGCUCGCAAAAAGGCUUAUCUGCGGUCUCACGAUCCAAACCGUAAUUGAAUAUCUCGAAAAGAAUAGGAGAGGAGACAGAAGGAAGGAACCGAUAAGCCGGUGAAUCGGCAUCAUGCGAACGAUGUAGCGGCGCUACGUAUACAUAUAUUGCAUUGAAAUAAUUAGCCAGCUGGUCAAUCGCAGCCAGUUUAUUAUAAAUAAUAAUAAAAUUAACAAUAAUAAUAGUAGUAAUAAUAAUGACGAUGAUAUGUACGGGUAUAUAAUAAAAUAUGAAAUCAAGACGGACAUAUUAAAUGUUUACUACCGAAGUGUUCCACAUUUGUACUUGCAUAUUAAUUAUGAUCGUACCUCUACACGAUUGUACAUAAAUAAAUAUUCAUACGUUUAUGUAUACAUACAUAAUGUGUGUGUAUGCGUAUAUGUAUACACGUAAUAACGCAUGAUAGGAUAAUAAAGAAAAUUAACAACUAAUAGUAACGAUAAUACUGUUAUAUUUUAUUCCAUGUUAUAUUGUUAGAAAGCAUAUAACAACCAUAUAUAGCGGAUGUGAUGUUUUAGAUUCAUGGUCUGAAAUUGGACUUUGAAAAUAUAAUCUGUUGAAUUGAAGAAAACGAGGAGAAAUAAUGAAAAUAAAGAAAUAUAUUAAAUAUAUAAAAAGUGAAUCAGUGAAUUCAUUUUUUCUGUAUAAAAAUCAUAUCGCUGUAAAAGAUUAGGAGGAAAAACUAAUUGUCCCUUGUCUUUUCUUGACAUUUAAGGGAGGAAUAAUGAAGUAUCGAAUUUCGGUGUAUUAUACGCAUUAAAUAUAAUAUACCUACGUCCAAAUACUAAUUAAAUUGAAAAAAUUAUCGAUUACCUAAUUUCGUCUUUACAUUAUACAGAAGGCACAUCGUUUUCUCAUUUUGUGUUAUGAAUGAAUAGUUUUUGUUUGAAAAAUGACUUCCUGUUUCUGUGGUAUUUAAUUAAUUUGAAGUAAUAUUAUUGAUAUACGUGCAUGUAGUUUAAAAAUUAAUGUUAUAAAUAUAUAUAUACAUACCCUAUGAGGUGCAUUAUUAUCGUUAUCUCGAGUUUUAUUUCCUGAAUGAUUUGUCAAAAUAUAUAUGUUUGUAGAUCCUGUAGGACAGUUUUCGAGACAAAACAAAAAAAAAAAAAUUGAAUAAAAUUACCACAAGAU